CCUUGCCUAGAGAACUUGACACUUGCCAGACCCCAGCCAGCAUGGUUGUCCUGAAUCCAAUGACUUUGGGAAUUUAUCUGCAGCUUUUCUUCCGCUUUAUCGGGUCUCAGCCUACUUUCAUCAACAGCGUCCUCCCAAUUUCAGCAGCCCUUCCAGGCCUGGACCAGAAGAAGCGUGGCAGCCACAGAGCGUGCUGCCUCCUGACGCCCCCUCCACCUCCGCUGUUCCCACCACCGUUCUUCAGAGGCGGCAGAGGUCUGCUUCUCUCCCCAGACAUGAAGAAUCUCAUCCUGGAACUGGAAACCACACAGUCCUCAUGUGUGCAAGGAUCACUUGGCUCCCCUGGGCCCCCGGGCCCCCAGGGUCCACCGGGACUUCCUGGCAAGAUAGGACCAAAGGGAGAAAAGGGGGAGCUUGGCCUACCAGGAAGGAAGGGUAGACCUGGCCCCCCGGGUGUUCCUGGCAUGCCUGGGCCCGUCGGCCCUGAAGGACCCAGGGGUGAAAAAGGUGACCUGGGUAUGAUGGGCUUGCCAGGCUCAAGAGGACCAAUGGGUUUCAAGGGCUACCCUGGAUCCAGAGGGGAAAAGGGAUCCAAAGGUGAAAGGGGUGACUUGGGUCCCAAAGGAGAAAAGGGUUUCCCGGGAUUUCCUGGAAUGUUGGGGCAGAAAGGCGAAAUGGGUCCAAAGGGUGAGCCUGGGAUAGCAGGACACAGGGGACCCAGAGGAAGACCAGGAAAACGAGGCAAGCAGGGGCAGAAGGGAGAUAGUGGAGUAAUGGGCCCACCAGGCAAACCUGGGCCUCCUGGUCAACCUGGCCGUCCGGGUCCCCCAGGCCCCCCGGGCCCCCCAUCCGCAGAACAACUUGUGAUGGGACCCAAAGGGGACAGAGGAUUUCCCGGGCCUCCAGGAAGUUGUCUUUGUGGACCCCCUACGAAUGUGAAUAACCCCUCCUACGGGGAAUCCAUGUAUGGUUCCAGGUCCCCGCAUGUUCCUGUGAUUUUUGUGGUCAACAACCAGGAAGAGCUCGAGAGGCUGAAUACCCAAAAUGCCAUCGCCUUCCGCAAAGACCAGAGAUCUCUGUACUUCAAGGACAGCCUUGGCUGGCUCCCUAUCCAGGUAACCCCUUUCUACCCUGUGGACUACACUGUGGACCACCGCGGCUCCUGUGGGGACGGGGUCCUGCAGCCAGGUGAGGAGUGUGAUGACGGGAACGACGACGUGGGUGAUGGCUGCAUCAGCUGUCACCGGGCCUACUGUGGAGAUGGACACCAGCACAAGGGUGUGGAGGACUGUGACGGCUCUGACUUUGGCCACCUGACGUGUGAGACCUAUCUCCCUGGACUACUUCAAAAGACUGACGUUUAUAAUCUUAUCCCAUGAUCUACUCAUUCAACAACUGCCUACUGCAUGCCGGUACUGCACUACGCACCAGAGACACAGAGAUGAACAAAACAGACCUGCUGACCUCCAGAAGCUCACAUUUUAUAACCGGCAAACAACACCGAUAUGCAGGACACAACGCGAUCAUGAGAACCCAUGGUACUAAUAGACAAUAGGACUACCUGACUUGUAUACGGUAUAAAGUUAUAGUCACACGUGUACGAGUUACUAAAUGAAUCCAGCUCUUGAAAUACUGGAUAUGUGGCACAUUUUUCCACGAUCUAGUUACUACUGCUUGUUCAUCUUGUCCCAUGCCAGCUUUUGCAGGUGGACAAGCCUAGCAUUCCACCCCAUCAGAAGAAAUUCUAUUCAUUAACGCUUUCUUUUCUAAAUGGACGAGCCCAUUUUGGGCCUUUGAACUUUGGGGUGUACACAGAUCAACUGAGCAGGUCCUGAAAUUCUGCCCGUUAAAAAGCAUCCAAGUGAUCAAAUGCUGAUAGUCCACAGAUGACACCAGUAGUGAGAGAAAUGCACAACCGUCAGCUGUUGGGGAAUCAGCGGCGGCACCUGGUUCGGGGAGGUAAUUAGUACAAAUCUGUCCCAGGCAGGAGAGGGGCGGGGGCUUGGACGCGCAUGCCCAGGGUAGGGCUCUGCUCUGAUGCUGGACUCCAAUAAGUCAAAGGCUCGCUCGCUCGUCUGCAGUCUCCUCCUCUGUUUUUCUUUUUAAAGGAAACAGUAGCAGCUUUCUAAAUGUUAUUUGUAACAUUUGGUAGGAUAAUGCAUGAAAGCAUUUGGCAUAGUAUUCAGCACAUGAUAGCCCCUCAAUAAAUGGUACCUACUUUUAUUUUUUUUCUGGAAUAAGUAAAAACAAAAAUGGCUUGAAGAAACCGAAAAAUAUCACAUUCUCUUUAAGAUUUUUAGGACUAUAUUACAAUAAUUGCUGUAUCACAACGUAAAAAACAGAACCACUGGGUUGCUUCUAUUCAUAGAA